AUGCGGCAGAUUUUCUUAGGGCCUUCGACGGCCAAGGAGUCCUAUAAAGGCUUGGUGGGCAACACCAUUCUUCUAGCGCAGGCCGAAGCAAAGACUACACAGAUCUUACCAUCUUUGAACAAAGUCUUGGAUCAAUUGGUGAUUGUUUUCACAAGAAGUGUCGAGGAAGUCAAAACCUGUAAGGCAUUAACCGUCAACCGCGCAGAGUUUGUGGACUGCUUGCGCUUGAGAAAGAAACAUUGCCCUGUGUUUUUUGACACCGAUAUUGAUCAAGAUGCCGUUCAGAAGCUGCCAGUCGAAGGGGUUCCAAACGAAUUUAUCGAACAUGCCAUACAUCUUCCGGAAUCAACAUUUUUGCAGCGUAUGCAAGGGCCGGGCGACCUGCCCGUGACAGCGCCUCCGUCCAAUACCGAUGGCAACAUUGCUGAAGAGUCUGAUGAUGAUGAAUCUGUCCAUGACGAUGCGCCGGCCUGCGCAGAUGAAGGCCAUGAGCGUGCCAAUCGAGUAUCGAAGACGACUUUGCUUCUAGCAGUGUUCCUGGCGUUGCUGGAUUUGCGUUGGCGAUCCUUGAAGCUCUUGAAGCCCAAGGGCGAGGGUUUCAGCAUGGACACCGUUUGGUCCGCGCAAUUCCUGGGUUUCUUGCAAGCAUGCAAAUUCAAGAUGGUCACUCAAAGAUUGUUGUUGCCUGUUGUGGCGGCAGAACGCUUGAAGCACGUGGAGCGCGAAAUCGCUGCAAGCGAGCAGCAGCAACGCCCACCAGCAAAUUUCUUCAAAGAGGCGUCAUUGACAGGUGCCGAAUUGAGCACGCUGCCAGAAUACAAGUUGCUUGCCCUGAUGGUGAAGAUGCCUGUAACUUUGACACUUUUCUUGCAGAGGCCCAUAGACGUGACAAUGGUUUCCUGCCGCUGCAAUUGCGACUUCAAAUUUCUAAUCCGAGGGUUUGUAGUUGAUGAAGAUGACAAUAAGAUAACACUUGUUUGUGAUGAUAGCUGCCUUGGGCAUGUCAUGGGCAUGAGCCGCGCUAGCAUGCACAAACAUGAUUCGCGUGAGCUGCGCUUGUUUGCUCGUAAUGUCAUUGCUUUGCACGUCGCAUCUUUCAAUACUGACCACUACAUCACAAAAUACAGCACAAAACCCAUGGAGGCAAUGCAGUCGGCAGUGGCUCAAUUUGCUGUUGGCAUCAGAAGAUUGGAGGAGGAAGAAAGCAAAGCUGAGGUUUGGACACCCCAAUACCGUGCCAAGCGGGUGAUUGUCAGGCUUGCGGCCGCUGCGAACCGCAGCACCUGGGUAUCUUCGACAGAGUUGGCGACCACCAUUCUGUGCGCAGGUCACUGCUGGGCUACUCAUGCUGAAGUUGUCCUCUUUCUUUCAAGACCUUGGUUUUUGAUGCAACAAUGCCGGCGUCUCUUAGAAAAUACACCGAGCCCUCUUCUGCACGACAACUUCGUCCCCAUUGCUGCAGUUGAAUUGAAUGCUUCAGACUCUGAAGACGGAGCUAGCUUGGCUGAUGACUCUGCAAAAGAAGAUCCUGAAGAAACGGCUGUCGAGGAUGAAGAACAGCAGGACGCGGAAAAAGACCGCAACCAACAUUGGGACAAAACUGUAUUACGCACCACCACAACAUUGCAUGACGACUAUCUUCACCGAGGGCCAUGGCUGGCUCCAAUGCCCCUGUUUGUCUAUGCUUCUCGAGUACGUCGUGUUCGCAAACCUCUGAAGCCCAAAGAUCAUGAAAUCAUGUUUGAAUUUGACCCGCACUACCAAAUGCACGCGUUGUAUUGCCAAUGUUUUGCUUUGCAGAUCACCGUACCCCGAAUUGUCGGCCCGAAGCCGCCAUCGUUGGAUGAUGCAGAAGCUGAUGCCCCACCAGAUGACGAAGAUAGCUUCGAUGAGGAGUUGCAUUCGCAAACCAAAGCAGCUGUAGCAAAACUUCUCCGCAAAGAAAUGCUUCAGUCCGAUGCCACGACAAGUUGCCCAGCAUCGGAGAACCUUACGCCUGAAAUGGCUGUGCAACAGCUGGAAGAGCUUUUUGACAGGAACGCCAACCGCGACGAGGCACAAGUCACAGAAAUUGACGUUCCUUUAGCGUGGAAAGGUCCUGCAGCGUAUGCCAAAUCUCUCAUUGAUAAGUUUCCUUUCAACCAGGAGCAGCUGGACUUGUUGGCCCUUCUAGUGAAUCCACUUGAAGUUGCGUGGCGAAACCGAGAAGAUACAUCUGUGUACACCUUGCCGGUCGACCUAGGCUGCCAGAAUUAUCGGCGGUAA